AUGCUGAAGGCUUCCAACCUUUCUCGCUGGCAGUUCAUCCAGGAAUUCUCCAUUCCUCCUCUGGUGGCCGUGCCCAGACUCCCUAGCACCCUGCUUCCAGUUUUUGGUCUGCUCUACGUGCUCAUCUUUGGGCUUGCGGUGGUGGGAAACGGGGCGGUGCUGGUUCUCUUAUGUCGCAGGAAGGCUCUGCAGUCUCCCAGCACCUUCUUCAUUUGUUCUCUGGCACUCAGUGACCUCCUGAUAUCCAUAGUGUGUGUUCCUGCCACACUGCUGCAGCACUUCUUCACCAACUGGUUGGCAGGUGAUUUCCUGUGCAAGUUAAUACCAUUCCUACAAGUGACAGCCAUUGCGACCAGCAUGCUCACCAUGACUUGUAUUGCUGUAGAGCGUUUCCAGGGAAUCCUUUAUCCUCUGCAUGUCCGCAACAGCUACUUUCUUUGUCAUGCCUUCAAGAUGCUGGUGGUCGUGUGGUUGGUUGCCCUGGCAAUCGCGGCUCCUAUGUGGUUUGUUCAGAAAGUGGAGGUGAAAUAUGACUUUCUGUUUGAUGUCCACCACACCUGUUGUUUGGAAGUAUGGCCAAGCCAGCACCAGAGGAGAGCCUACACUACCUGUUUGUCCAUCCUGGUGUUUCUGGCCCCCUUGACGACCAUGGCCAUCCUCUACUGGAAGAUCAUGCGGGAGCUCUGGGGCAAGCACAAAGUACACGACGCCAUGUUUCAAACGCUCCCAGGAUCUGAAAUUAACAAGAUUACCAGGAGGAAGAAGCGUGCAGUAAGAAUGAUGGCCACCGUGGUGCUGCUCUUUGUCGCAUGCUGGGCACCUUUCCAUCUGGUCUCCCUCCUGCUUGACUACGGUACCACAAAACUCCUUGUGCUCUUCCCUCUUGCUUACUGUUGUCAACUGGACCUGGAUCUUGACUCCGAGUUUCUCCUAGUCAGCGUGGUUCAGAUCCUGGGAUUCAGCAACUCUGUGUGUAACCCGCUGGUUUAUGCUGCCCUCAACACCACCUUCAAAAGGGACCUGCUGGCUCUGCUCACUCGAGGAUGCUCUGGUGCAAGAGGUUGCUGCUGUAGCUCAUGCUCCUGUUGGUUCUGGAGGUGUCACAAACGAGUGGGCAUCUCAGCAGUGGAAUCAGUGGAACCCAGACGGGGCCUGGAGACAACAUGCAGACAGGGAGGGAUCAGAUCAUGGAGCAAACCAGCAUGGGAGGGUGAACCAGAGAGGCCUACAUCUAACAUGUUCCCCCCCAUGAACCUUCUCAGCGCCAUCACACACAAAAAGACCUCCAGUACCAUGAUACUAAGUGUUAUCGACCCGCCACACACAGACAGCACAUCUGGGUCCGACCAGCCUCUCACAGGCAUACUGGGCGAGUGA